GUAGAUUGUUACUUUGUUGAUAGUUGCUCGUCAGGUUCAAAAAGUAUUUUUACAGCAAUCUUUAAAGAAGCAGAGAAAAUGAAUUUUGUUUUUCAUGUGACUGUUAGUUUGAUAGUGAUGUUUGGUAUUGGUUUUUCUGCUGGAUCCAAUUAUUGCAAAGAUAACUGGGUGUUGAUUUUCCAUGCACGAAGCGGAAAUGGCAAAGAUGUCUUACAAGCAUGGAAAACCAGACACAACAACUGUGAUAUCGUAUCCGGAAUCUGUCCCUGUUCGAUCACUGAUGGCUGUCUGCCGCCUAAUGCCAGAAUUGAAUGCCUCCAAUCAGCUACAGAAACUUUAAGAAGUCCCUUUAUAGAUUACUGGGAUUGCCUAAAAAUCAAGAAGGUCAAAUUUGAGUUGAAAGUUCGGGGGAAAACAGUGGCUUUUAUUGAAUUUGAUGGAAGAAAUUCGAACUAUCUAAACUGGUUUCACAACAGCAGGAUUUUGAAGUCAAGUUGGACUGAUAUGCAUAAAAGUCAAACUUACAAUUUUUUCUCAAUCGACAAAGAAUCAAGGUAUUACAGACACUUUUUCAUCAACAAAAACUACGGAGGAUGCCCGAGGGAUCUUGGAUGGUUAGCUGUAAAGGAUUCUGCUAAUUUCAGGGGGGCGUGUGGCUGGGAUAAACAUAACUCUUAUCCUCAAUUUUUGUACAGUCGAAAUGGAAAAGUCACCAGAUGGAACGAUAUGAGAUUUGGGAAAGCGGAGGAUCUCAACAUCUACGUCCAAAUGGGAUAUUAGUCUUGUCUAAAUUCAAUAAAUAUAUUGUUAUUCAUGAUG